AAAGCCACGGAGAACCUGCCACAGGCCUCAGAUACAGUGCCACGACUUCCACGCCAAGCUUCCGAUAUGGCGGACAAGGUCAAAGCCACAGUGCAGGAGGAAUUGUCCUCCGUGCAGAAGGCCGCCAGCGAUGGGGUCAAGAGCGGUGCAUACAUCUAUCCCAUCAAGGGCAUCGUCUACUUCUUCAGCCACAAGGAUCUCUGGAAGCCAUUUGCCUCGAAGCUCGUUCCGACCAUGGGCCUUGGCCUAGGGGUGACGAUAUUCAUGUUCGCAGUCACUUAUCUGCCCCAGCUGGCAGUUUUGCUGUUCACAUCCGGGCCUCUCGCGGUUGUCUCUACCGUCUUCCUGGUCUUAAGCGAGAUCUCCACCUUGACCAUGGUUCUUGCCAAGGCACUUCUCAUCGAGGACUCCCUCAUUGACACAUUCGACGGCACGUUGGUGGCACGAGGUCAUACCGCGCUGGUGGAGAGAGAUCGUCAAGUCAAGAGCAACAAGUACGGCGACGCCAUUCAGCGGCUCGGCAAAUUGGCCAGCAAGCCGUUCUCGAAGUUGACGCCAAGCGCGGUCAUUCGAUACCUGAUGUACUUGCCACUCAACUUCAUCCCUGUCGUGGGAACGGCCAUCUUCAUCAUCCUCCGCGGCAAAGCCUACGGACCUCAAGCUCAUGCCCGCUACUUCCAGCUCAAAGGCAUGAGUGGACCACAGCGCGAACGCUUUGUUGAGCAGAGACGAGGAGCCUUCACGGGCUUCGGCAUUCCCGCCACUCUGCUCGAAACCAUCCCGAUUGCAGGCAUCUUGUUUGCAUUCACGAACACAUGCGGCGCAGCACUCAUGGCCGCCGAUCUCGAGCAAAAAGGAGAGACAUCACCAGAGCUGAAGGAGAGAGCUUCAAAGUCGCAGUGAUCAGGGCGACGAGAAAGUCUCCACAUUACGGCCCGCAUGUCAUGGAGUGACUAAAAUCGACAGGAGAACUAGCAGUACAUAUCUCACAGCAUAGCCCCGAACCCAAUCAAGAAGAAACCCCC